UUGAAAUGUAGGUGCUUAUUUAAGUGGUUUUGCCGAUCUGUGUCUUUUCAGAGGGCAUUUACUGUCGAUCAGUGCAUCGCCUGGGGGCUUAUUGUUCUUCCAAAUGGCAUUUUUAAUGGCGAAGUGAUUGAUGACUGGUACCAGCUUUCAGGGCAGCAGGGUGAAAGCAAAGAAGGCGUCAUCAAUCUAAUAAUUUCAUUCGCGCCGGUCGAGAUGCCGCCACCACGAACGCAACAGCGAGCAGAACAACAAAUACAGCAACCAAUGGUACUAUUCACGGAGGAAGAAGUGAAUGAAUUGCAUGCAAUGUUCCCAACAGUGGAUACAGAUGUCAUUAAGUGUAUUCUGGAGGAAAAACGAGGCAACAAAGAUGCAACCGUUACAGCAAUACUCGAAAUGACCGCUGAACACUGA